AUGUCUUUACCCGACACUGAUGUGGAAUUUCGCCGCGACUUAUCUCCAGAUCUGGGAAACACCAUGCGCCCAUCUGACCUAGACUUUGUGACUUACAACAGGGACCACGAGAUCCGCGAUAUAUUGAAUGAUCCUAUCUUGGAACGAACAGUCAUUCUGCUUGAUAAAUAUCAAGCUAUUAUUGACGGAAACAUGAGUCUUGUUCGGCACAGGAACCGAGACCCCUGGGCGCUCGUUGGUAAUACCUUCGAAGAGAAUCUACGGAAGGAAUUUCGCAACCGUGGCCCAAGUCUAGUGGCAGGUGAAAGCGGGGAGAACAGUCCCAUCCCGUCCUUGAACUGGGUGAAUGUUAUUCGAGAGACAGAGGACAAGGAUAUGAUCCUUCAAGAUGAUGGCUCCUAUCACUACAGCUUUCGAGGGCAACUCAUUCGUUUAUCUGAGCAUGAAAGGGGGUACAUCAUUCAUGUCCGCAAGCUCCUUGAACCUUGGCCUCAUCCAGAAGAUAUGAAGAAAGAGAAUGAGGCCAUUCAAGCCGUGAUCAGAGAGCUGAGGGACUAUGAAAACGCAUUGAUGGCUGUCAUUAAACAGAAGAAAGACCUUGUUACGAGACUGAACGAGCGUCGCAGUAUGAUACAUCGCUACUUAACAACUUUGUCAAGACCAUCUCCCGUGUCCAGAACUAGGAAUUCUCCUUCGAUACCCCGGCAAACCUCUCCCGUGAACUCCAUAAUUCAUGAUACGAGAGGUGAUAUCGACUAUGCCAUCUCUAGUGAUGACUCUUCGAGCACAGAUCAGAGUGCGGAUGAGGACAUGGAAAUGCAGGACGUCCAUCAUGACAGGCCCGAAGAGCGCAGGACGGAUGGUUUACCAGAAUUCCCACCAACUACGCAGCAGAUAGAGGAAACCCGAGAGACAGAGAUAAUUCUCCUCGAUGAGCCCGGAACUGCCAGUAGCACACAGGGAAUGGGCUGGUCAAUAGAGGAAUUGCUGGAGAGCGCCGCUGCAAUCUAUGGGAGUGAUGCAACGGCGAGCAGCACCAAUAAGCAGAAUACCCCGAGACGAAAGCGGCACCCACGAAAACUGAAAACAGAGGAGGAAAUAAGAAACGGAUACAAGUUCGUCACGGAAAGAAAAGAUUCCAAAGUUCCUUGGGAUCAUAUCAUUCUAGAAUACAACGCUACAUUUGGGGUGGAUCGCACUAAAGAGAGCUUGAAGUCAAUGUUUGAGCGUUGGAAGUUAGAGAAUGGAGCCAAAAGACGAUCGUCUGCAUCUCGUCGCGGGGGCCCGAUUUCUAGAGCAUCUCGAAGGAGUCGCUCUUGGAGAAAAUCGACGAAUAUAGCUGGUCAACACCAAUCCACCAGUGCCGGUAAUUUGACGGGAGGAGCCCCAGAAAUUGGGGAAGAGGUUGGAUCAACUACACCAGGACCAAGUGUAACGAGUACUGCGUAG